UCGGAAUAGCAAGCAGAACCGGAAGGAUACAUGCGAAAUGAACGCACGGUUCUCAAAAAGUUGCGCCGCGUCUAUUAUUGCGUUAUCGAUAUGUUUCCCGCUCACUUGCGCGCUUCUUGAUAACGGGUAUUUUACGAGAGAUUCGGAAACGGAAGGAAACUGCACGAGUCGAUCGAUCCACGAGUUUCCGGAGGAUUUGUUCACGCACGAGCAACGUCGACACGGAGCUGUAGCAUUGCACGCCUUCCUCGGCUUCUAUUGCUUCCUAUUGACGGCGUUCGUUUGCCACGAUUACCUGUUGCCGGCUGUUCAUCGCAUAUGCGUUGGCAUGAACAUAAGCACCGAUGUCGCCGGGGCGACUUUUCUUGCAAUGGCCAGCUCUUUUCCGGAAAUGUUCGUCAAUCUGGUCGGAACGUUUCUAACCGAGUCGGACCUUGGGACCGGUACCGUAGUAGGUAGCGCCGUAUUCGAUACGUUCGCAACUCCAGCAUGUGGAGCUUUGGUCGCCCUCCACUCUAUACCGCUGGAAUGGCAAAUAUUGUCACGAGAUUGUACAAUGUACGUGAUUUCCGUUGGAACGUUGGUAAUAAUAAUGUGGGAUCGUCAGAUUCGAUGGUACGAAGCAACGAUCCUUUUAGUACUUCUCUGUAUUUACCUAAUCUUGCUGUUUUGCGGCGAAGGUAUCAGGCUGUGUUGCGGCAAAAUCGUUCGUUGUAAUUCCACCUCCACGAUCAAGGUGUCUAACAACAACGAGAGCACGUCUCCGGUUGGUUCGUAUAAAUCGAAUGCUGUUGUCGCCACGACGGCGACGACAAGUAAGAAGAAUCGUAACGUUGAUCUAUUGGAAGAGCAACAAAACGGAUCGGAGAAUGUAGAAAAUUGCGAGAAAUCGGCGAAACGCUCAAUGUCCGAAUAUUUAUUUAGUUGGCCGAGGGAGCAAAGUACGAUCGCAAAAUGUUGGUUCACGCUAGUCUGGCCGUUGAAAUUUUUACUGUUCGUGACCGUACCCGAUGUUCGAGUUGAACGAUUCAAGCAUUGGUAUCCGUUAACGUUCGUCAUGUGCAUGAUUUGGAUUGCAAUAUCCUCGUACUUGGUCUCUUGGAUGAUGACGGCUAUCGGCGAUACGAUAGGAAUUCCGGAUUCCGUCAUGGGUCUUACGUUUUUAGCCGCCGGUGGAAACAUGCCGGAGGUCGCAUCAAUUGUGAUUUUAGCCAGACAGGGCGAUGGAAACAUGGCAAUGAGCAAUACACUGGGGGCGAACAUUCUCGACAUUUUACUUUGCCUAGGCUUGCCGUGGACGAUCAAAUGUCUAAUGUCAGGAAGAGACGUGACGAUUGAGUCAGGAGCACUAACGUACAGCGUCAUUUCAAUGGUCGCCUGCAUAGUUGUACUUUUCGCGGUUAUAGCAUACUUCAAGUUUCAUUUGAACAAGAAAGUAGGGUUCAUAUGCUUAUUAUUAUUCGUCGUAUUCUUAAUAUUCACUAUUCUCAUAGAAUUGAACGUUUUCUUCUUCGUAAAUGCACCAAUGUGUGAUUAUUAGCGAACGAUCGCACGCGCUCAGUCUAUGUAAUCUCUUUGCCUCCAUGUACACAUGUAUCGUACUA